GCUGAACGUUGAAAAACCAUCCCACAAAACAGAGCAAUCAAACAAACACUCUCUGCUUUCUUCUUCUUCUCUAAACUCUCUCAACCCAACCCAAAUAAGAAUGUCUUGCUGCGGAGGAAAGUGCGGCUGCGGCUCAGCCUGCAAGUGCGGCAGUGGCUGCAACGGGUGCAGCAUGUACCUUGAUCUCGCCGAGACCUCCACCACUUCCACCCAGAUCCUCAUCGCCGGCGUUGCCCCGGUCAGCAUGGGAUUUGAGAGCUCGGAGAUGAGCUUCGGUGCUGAGAACGGCUGCAAGUGCGGAUCAAACUGCACCUGCGACAACUGCGGCUGCAAAUGAACAAAAACCCACCACUAAAUCCUCGCUCGGUCCCAUGGUUAUUUAAUAAACUAAGAAAGUUGUUGUUGGGGUCGGGUGUCUUAGCGCUUGGCCCUGCUGUAAAUAAAGAAGAGCCAUGGCAGGGGUUUGCUGCUGCUGCCUGCUGUGGGUGGUUGUUGUUUUAAGUUACUCUGUUUCAGUGUCGUCUGUAAGUCUGUCGUGCUUUGUUUGGGUGUUCGCCGAGCAGUGAUUUAUAAUACUAUCGUGUUAAAUUUUCCCAUUUUGGAGCUUUCCUUCGUGCCUCUGUCUCUCCGAGUGGAUGAAUCUGAAUGAUAUUUAACCGAUCAACUAAUUCAAGUCGCAAAGAGGCUUUAGACCAAAUGAGAAAGAACGAAGCGGCUGCUCCGACCUGCUUAAUCAUACACUUAACUCACCUUUUUCUACUUGGAAUAAUUAGGCGUUUGUAACAUUUUACCCUUUUUUUUGUAUGGGU